AUGGAGCCAUCCGAGAGACGGGCUCGCAUUCAAGAGAACCUUGGCGAGGUCUUGAACUCCGAAAUGGUCGAGAAGAUCAUCGCUGAAAGUAACAACCCGCGGAUAUACUGGGGGCGCCUACUUCGUCCCAGCCGUCAAAAUAGCCCAGCUGCUAGCGGCUGGCUGCGACCUACGGUGCUCCUGACCGAUAUCAACUCGUUCCUCGACAACCUGAAAACCCCGAUUGAGCUGGUGGAAGGGCGGGCCGAAUUCUACCGGUACACCAUCACAGCCAUACUGCGCGCAGUGGGCGUUUCUACGGAGAAGCUCAAGUUUGUUUUGGGCAGCUCCUAUCAGAGGAGCCCUCAGUAUAUCUUGGAUAUGUACAGGCUUGGCUCGCUCAUAUCCAAACAUGAUGCGAAGUGA